AUGCAAACCAAACCCGAAUGGGAUAAUUACGACUUUUUACCUAGUUUGGAUUUGGGGUCGACUAUUGUUGUGAUUCCAAACCCAAAUCAAAACCCAAACCGGUGUCCGUUCCUUUCUGCAUAUCCCAAACCUCAUCGACCAAUCAAUGAUCAGAAUUUUGAAGAACGUAUCGGCGAGAAAUGUCUUGCACAAGUUCCCGUUGAUGGCUUUAAGGUUAGUUUUUGGCAAGUUGAUAAUGCCCUUUAUUUCUUUUGUAUUCAAAUAAAGG